UAAACAAGAAUUCAUAAAAUGACUUGACAUACUGUACGGAAUGGAUGACUACAUAGUCUAGCUCCUAUUCUCUUUGCCCUUUUGUUGUUUUUCUUUAAAAUUUCCUUAAUUCCUUCUAUAACCUUCACUGCAUCACCUAACUGGCUACUCCCACCAUCAUCUGCUUUUCUUUAUUUAUAUCUAGCUCCUACAAGGUCUUUCUUUAGUUAAAUUUAUUCCUUAAUUCCUUCUUGAUAUUAAAAGAUCUUUCUUUGAGUUGGAAAUGAUGGCGGCCACUGAUCUUGAACAGCCCUCCUUUUCUUCUCUUGGAAAGGUUGGAAAGUCUUCAGGUGAAAUUGAUGGUGCAGAGGAGCCUCUUCUUAAUGGGGGUAGUAGCUCAGAGUACUACUCUAUUCUUGCUGCAGUGCUCCCAUUUCUAUUCCCAGCCCUUGGAGGACUAUUAUACGGUUAUGAUAUUGGUGCCACUUCUUGUGCUACAAUAACCAUAGAGUCGGCUACAUCAAGCGGAAUUUCAUGGUACAACUUGAAUGCUGUGCAACUUGGGCUCAUUACCAGUGGCUCAUUAUAUGGGGCCUUGAUUGGCUCUGUCGUGGCCUUUAAUAUUGCGGAUUUUCUAGGAAGAAGAAGGGAGUUGAUUGUGGCUGCUUUGCUAUAUCUUGUUGGAGCACUCGUGACUGGACUAGCACCUGAUUUUGUGGUCAUGGUGAUUGGUCGCUUUGUAUAUGGUAUUGGAAUAGGACUGGCAAUGCAUGCUGCACCAAUGUACAUUGCUGAGACAGCUCCAAGUCAGAUACGUGGCCGACUAAUCUCUCUCAAAGAAUUCUUUAUAGUUCUUGGGAUGGUUGCAGGUUAUGGAGUUGGUAGCCUUUUAGUUGACAUAGUACGUGGUUGGCGCUAUAUGUAUGUGGCCAGUGCCCCUUUGGCAGUGAUCAUGGGAGUUGGGAUGUGGUGUCUACCACAAUCGCCUAGAUGGAUACUAUUAUGUGCCAUGCAGGGGAAAGGCAAUAUGCAGGAUUUAAAAGAAACUGCAAUAUGCUGCUUGUGCAAACUCAGGGGUGGGGCUAUUGGUGAUGCUGCACCUGCCCUGGUAGAAGAGAUGCUUAGCGAACUUGCUUUUGUUGGUGAAGAAAAAGAAACUUCACUGCGGGAUCUAUUCAAAGGAAAAUGCUUGAAAGCGCUUACUAUUGGCGCAGGGUUAGUUAUUUUUCAACAGAUUACUGGGCAACCAAGUGUACUAUAUUAUGCCGGGUCAAUAUUCCAGAGUGCAGGAUUCUCUGCUGCAUCUGACGCAACACGGGUCUCAAUUCUUCUUGGUUUAUUGAAGUUGAUUAUGACUGGGGGAGCUGUGGUUGCUGUUGAUAGACUUGGAAGGAGACCUUUAUUGCUUACUGGUGUUUCUGGAAUGGCUAUCUCUUUAUUCCUUCUGGGGUCAUAUUACCGUUUCCUGAAUGAUGUACCGGCUGUGGCCGUAGUUGCACUGCUGUUGUACGUUGGAUGUUAUCAGUUUUCUUUUGGUCCUAUCGGUUGGCUGAUGAUUUCAGAGAUUUUUCCCCUACGCCUAAGAGGGAGAGCACUUGGUAUAGCAGUCCUCGUGAAUUUUGGUGCAAAUGCAAUUGUAACAUUUGCAUUUUCUCCUCUGAAGGCAUUGAUUGGAGCUGGAAUAUUAUUCUAUGGAUUUGGAGUAAUAUCUGUGGUGUCUCUGCUUUUCAUAUUCUUCGUUGUGCCAGAGACAAAGGGGCUUACUCUUGAGGAAAUUGAAGCAAAAUGCUUGUAGACAACAUUUGCAUGUGAAACAAAAGAGUUCAAGGAAAUUCAGGGCGCAAAUGUCAGAUUAAAAUAUAUCAUUGCCAGCACAAGUAUAUAUAAGAAAAGGGCCUGUAGGCGGUAUCACAAAAUAAACAUUUGAAUUAUUUUAUCUUUAUAAUAAUGUAUACAGAUUCCUACCUUUUAACAUUUAUGUUCUUUCGUCCUGAAUAAUAAAAGAUUGAUUUUUCUGUUUUGUUUUCA